AUGGACGGCACAUUCAGAGUUGUACCGACCAUAUUCAGCCAACUCUACAUUAUACAUGGCUUCUUCCGAGGUGAAAAGGUCCCUUUCGCGUAUUUUCUCCUUCCAAACAAAUCCAAAGAAACCUACAUGAGGAUGUUCGAGCCAUUGAAGAAUUACGCGAUCUCCAUUGGACGGAAUUUCGAACCUCCGACAUUUCACUUGGACUACGAGAUUUCCACGCUCAGAGCGAUUCGAGAGUCUUUUCCGAAUUCAGAGGUGAAGGGUUAUUUGUUCCAUUUCAACCAGUGCUUAUGGCGCGAAGUUCAGGGAUCGGGACUCGUCACCUUCUACAGAGAGUGUGGAGUGAAGCGGAUCAUACGUUCGACAGCUGCGUUAGCCUUGGUGCCCCUGAAUCGCAUCGAGGACGCUUGGUUGGAUACAAAUGCCGACUCUUCCUCAUCCGAGCACCCCGCGCACGCGAAGCUUGAAGAUUUCAAACUCUAUUUCAUAAACACGUGGAUGGAAAAUGAGACCGUCUUCCCGCGCCGAAUGUGGAACCACUACCACAAUUUUGGAGCACGCUCAACAAACCAUCUGGAAGGAUGGCAUACAGCUCUAAAUAGAAUAAUCGAGAAGAGCCAUGUCAAUCUUUAUGAGGUGAUCAAACGUCUCCAAGGACAGGAGGAGAAAUUCAGGCUGGACAUGACGCGAUCACGAAUGCGAUAA